CAGUCUCAGAUUAGUUUCAAAUUCUCAUCUGAAACCUUCACACACAGAUUAGUGAGAUCCUCUUGGAUGCAUUCAAAACUUCUAUUAAGAAGAAACCAAUGGGAAUUUCUUUGCUUCUUUCAAAAGUCAAGGGAAAGCUAGUUUUGAAGUGAACGCAAAACAAUUGCCAAGCUGAGACAUAAAAAUCAAAAGAAAGAGUUCUGGCUACCUAGUUUUGCAGACAGAGAAAGAGAGAAUUUAUAGGAUGAAGAACAUUGGAAUGGUAUCGGAAGCAGUGGGAGGCUAUCAACAGAAGAUUUAGAGGAUGAGCAGAUAUCAAAGCUGGCCAUUUCUACAUUUCAAGCUAAAGAAGAAGAGAUAGAGAGGAAGAAGAUGGAGGUUAGAGAGAAAGUUGAACGUCAACUUGGUCGUGCUGAAGAAGAGACAAAACGUUUGGCUCAUAUUUGGGAAGAGCUUGAAGUGUUGGAAGAUCCCUUGAGAAAGGAAGUAGCAAUGGUACGUAAGAAAAUUGAUAUAGCUAACAAAGACUUAAAGCCACUAGGACAGAGCUGCCAGAAAAAGGAGAAAGAGUAUAGAGAAGCCUUAGAAGCUUUCAAUGAAAAGAAUAAAGAGAAAGCUCAUCUGAUUACAUCAUUAAUGGAGCUGCUGACUGAGAGUGAAAGAAUAAGGAUGAAGAAGUUGGAGGAGCUGAGCAGGACCAUGGAAUCCAUGAAUUGAAACAAAACAAUACUGUGGCUAAUUUUUUUUCAUAUAUUUGUCAUUGCGCUUGCAUUUAUAUUGUUCAAGAACUUUUAUUUUCCUUUGAUGUUAAUAAAAGAGACGUUAGGUAUUGCCAGAAUC